CGUUGGACGUUACUUUGUUACAGCGGAGCUACCGGGAGAAAACGGAGGAGCAAAACCUCUCGGAAAGUGUAAACAGUUCGGAGAAAACGGCGUAACCAGUCGCCUGUUGCCGGGAUUUGGCGGUGGCAGCUCUUGUGUGAACUUACUAUCGGAUUUGAACGUUGUCUUUCCGGCGAAAAAAAGAGGUCUUUCUGAAAGUUGAGCCGAAGAGGAGUUGAGGAUGUCGGGCUGAGACAAAGGGGUCUGGGGGGCAUUCCCGUCGGAGCGCAGGUAAAACUUGAUUCUUGAAGUCUCCUCUGGAUGGGAAAGAUGGAGAGGGAGUUGCAAUGGUGGAAAGGACAGCUAGCUGCAGAUAUCCAUCAAUCGCUCCGUAUCAAGGAGCUGAAGCUACCGGUCUACCGAGCCCACUCUCCACAGAUUGGCAUGAGGAGGUACUUUGCAGACUUGUUGGCCAUCCUGAGUAAUCGCUACCAGCUAUGUCCUACAGCCCGUCACCUCGCCGUCUACCUGCUGGACUUGUUCAUGGACCACUACGAUGUUGCAGUCAAGCAGCUCUAUGUCAUCGCCCUCUCCUGUCUGCUCCUAGCUAGUAAAUUUGAGGAAAAGGAGGACCGUGUGCCCAAACUAGAGCAGCUGAACUCUCUGGGCUUUAUGUGCAGCUUGAACCUGGUUCUCAACAAGAAGGAUCUGAUCAAAAUGGAGCUUUUGCUGCUUGAGACCUUUGGCUGGAAUCUGUGCAUGCCCACACCCGCCCACUUUAUUGACUACUACCUCCAUGCCUCAGUGCAGGAGGGCGACCUAUACAAUGGCUGGCCCCUCUCCUCCCUCUCCAAGACCAAGGCUUUCAUGGACAAAUACACUCACUACUUUCUGGAAGUCUCACUGCAAGACCACGCCUUCCUGAGUUUCCGACCAUCCCAGGUUGCUGCUGCAUGUGUGGCAGCGUCUCGUAUUUGCCUUCAGAUUUCUCCAAGCUGGACGACCGCUCUGCAUCUACUUACAGGCUACACCUGGGACCACCUCACCCAGUGCAUUGAGCUCAUGCUGCUUGCUCAUGACAAUGAUGUUAAGGAGGCCAACAAGACCAAAUCCACUCCGCCUCACCGGCCCUCCUCUUUGCAGUCCCAGCCCCAGACCUCCCACCUCUCUCCAGUGUCAGCCAUCCAGAGACCAGCCUCCUCCUCCUCCUCCACUUCCUCCACACCACAGCUGCUCUUUCAGGCGGACAGCUUCCCACACCUUUCUCAGCAUUCCCCGUCCCUCUCCCAGCUGCAGGCGCUAGCUGACUCCCAGGCUUUGGGGCCUGUGGUGAACAUGUCUCAGGACUUCCUUCAGAGCCACAGGAUGGGUCUCCUUACUGGGGCUUCUUCCAUGACUGCUGGGGGUGGGUUCCCCUCAUAUCCAAGCCUGACCUCUGGUCUCCAGCCUGGGGCACGCGCACUGCCGCUGCAGGGCCCAAUUUCUGUGCAGAUGGCCCUCGCUGGAGAGCCUCGCCACUGUCUGAGUAUGGCCUACAGCGGGGGCUACCUGGGGGCUCAUCACACUUUUACAGCGGGCUGCUUUGAUAGGUGACGCCAGGAGACGGAGAGGGAGCACAAACCCCUGCGGGAGUGCACUACUAUGCUUCCGACCCAAUUCCCUACCCCAAAAUAUCCUUUCACAGACCUCCUCUCUCUCUCCGUCAGCUCUGCAACACCUUCAGCUUGUCCGACUCCCCCGUCCUUCACACAAAGACGCCUCAAACGCAAGCAGAGGGCCAAAGGCAAGACGGACCCGGUGGAAGUCAUCACACUGACGUGACAAAUGCUCCACCACCUUGAAAUACUGAGGCAUAGCAAAAAUGUUAAUGCCAUAUUCUGAACUGGUUUUUAUAAAUCUGCGUUAUUAUGAGACUGUCAUCACUGUGAAUGAGAUGAAAGCAGCAGUGUGAUCUAACACCCACCUCAUUCAGUGCCUGUUCUCAGUCGUGUGAUAGCUGAGCCAAUUUUAGAAGUGCACAGAACAUAAAAUAUCUGUAACAAGGAUAUCUCGCUGCUUGACAUAAUUUUUUUUUUCUAAUUUCUAAUCCCAAAUAUUGAACACAAAUUGUCAGGUGUCUUUUUCUUGAGCCACCAUUUGAGAGACAAAGAAAAAAAUGGAGGCUUGUUGCUGACUGCGUUUGUAUCUUCUGACUGUCAGCGGACAUUGAUCUAACUCCUGUAGUCUCUGUUGAAGCUAAAGGGCCCCUCUGGGAAUUCCUCAUCACACAAGCUCUCCGAGGGGACGAAGAAUUCACUGUUUUGAGCACAGCAGGUUAAGUCCGCAGCUGGAACACGCCAGCAGUGAUUUUUUUUUUCUUUCCUCCUCUCUCUGUCCUUGUCAUCUCUUCCCUCCCAUCUCCAAAGUCGAGCCUCGUGGCAGAGCCGUUACACACUCGGGUGAAAAUGUGUCUCUCUGGUGGCUUUGUCGUACUAAAGUUUUAAUUUCAGUGUCUCCGGCACCACUCAAAGAAUUUAACACAAACUGAUGUGACUGGACCAGCAUGGUGAAGGAGACGUGGAUGUUUUUAGUGUAUUGUACAUAUGAAUUGCUGCUGCCUUCUAAUGAACUGUCGGUUCUGUGUCUGUGUUAAUGACUCCAAUGUUUACAUGAACCACUAAUUAUCAGGGACUUGAACAAGAUUACUUGAAUAUGAUGCCAUUGAAACAUGCCAUAGCUUUUAUUUAUGACUCAUUUAUUUCAUUUUUUGUUUGAUAUAGUAUAGCUUUUUAUACCAACUUUUCUAAGUCACAAUUAUAGUUUUCUUUGUACCUGUUCAUAGAAACUGUUUAUUCAGGCUCAGGUUUCAAGGCUGAAUCGAGCAGCCUUCCCAUUACUCUGUGCUAUUAUGCUUUAAAGUGGAUGCUAUUGCAGCAUCUGUGGGGGCUGGAAUAUUCCCCUCCUUCAUCACUGGACCAUACUCUGCUGACAAGUCAGUAACUGAAUGCAUGAAACAGUCCUGGUACUGGAACAACCUCGUGGUCACUGGUUUCACAUAACAUCUGUGGGCAGUCGACGGUAAUUGCUUCCCAGACUUCUAAAGCUGCAAUCCCCAAUCUUCCACUUCCUGUUAACGUAUAAACACAUCCAGAUUCCCAGCGUCGGUCACAAGGGUUGCCCACUGGUUACCAUGGUGAUACCUUAAAUGUCUGCGGACCCCAAGUUCUGGGAUGUUGUUGACUGGACUGUGACUGUAUGAAUUAGAGGUAACACGGAUGAUUAUUUUCAUAAAUGGUUAAAGGUGGAGGCUGGGGUUGUAAUUUAUUACACUUUUUGUCAAAUUCAGUAUAAAUCUCCUCACGGUCCGCUAGCUGUUGGUCCUGUGUGUGAGCUAAAAAAACUUUGUGUUCAUACAGAGUCCUGGCUUCGUGAACUGAAAACAAACAGAGCGGGUCAGACCACACAACACUAUUCUGUUUGUGCUCGUGCACAGGAGGGGGAAAUGGCCAUGGAUGUAUUAAGAGAAAGUCAGCGAGAGGGAGCGUAACCCUGGAACAUGGUAACGUUCUAAUGAGCACUGACAGGAGGGUUGUCUUUGUUUGGGUCUUACGUUUUAAUAAAACAACCAAAAAAUACUAUCUUUCUCCAGAAUCACAGCCUCCAACUUUAGUCUGUUGAUUGUUUCCUUGAUUAAUCGUUCUGUCUAAAAAAUGACAGAAAUAAUUUCCCAAAGCUUAAUGUGAGAUAUUCAAAUGUCUCGUUUUAAUCCACCAGCAUCCAAAUCUAAAAAUAUUCAUUUCAGUAUCACUUAAAAAGAAAAUUAUCAGACUUUCAUCUGAGAAGCUGAGACCAGACAAUUUGGGGCAAUUUCGCUUGGGGAAAAAAAAAAAGAGAACUGAGAAAAUCUUUGUCAAUCUACUAAUCAGUUAAUCCACUAAUCCAUGCAGCUCUGUUUUGGACACAAACGUCAUCAAAUUCAAACUGUUUUUCUGUGGACAUUUGACAUCUUACCCUGUCGUGCCUUGUCCUCAGCAGCUGCAUGCUUGAGCUGUGAACCUUAAAUUCACAGUGAGACGUGCAUUUCACUACAUGAAGUCUUCUGAAACUGUCAUAAUCACGACUCAUCGUCCUUUACAACUAGACAUCUAUUUGUUUCCUCACCAGUGAAAAGGGCAUGUUGAUGUGCUUUUCUGUGAUAUGAUCUAUGAUACUAUGCCUUUUGUUUGACCAUUUUAUGUACAGUUUUAUUUUUUUUACAUUCCUUUUCAGUGUAUUUUAGUUAAAGCUUUUUGUGAUUCUCCUGAUGAACUAGAUUUUUUUUUAGAGUUCAGCUUGCUGUUUUUCUCAUAAUUCAUGAGCAACUUCUCACUGAGGUGUCAAAGGUGCAAUAUGUUGUUUUUCUGUUAAAACUGACCACAGCCAUCACUGUCUCGUGUACACCACUGGUUCAUCUUUUGUAACUUAUUUUUGAUAAUUGUGUGACUUGACUUGCUGUAGCUUGAUCUCCUCCUGUAGAGGGCAGUGGGCUCUGAACACAAUGAAUAUGUUGCAUAUUGCAGCCCCCUUCUUUUGAGUGAUAGAUGUUACUGAAUGCUUCUGUCUGUUAGCUAGAGAUGCAUUUUUCCCUCCUGUGAAAGGUGCUGCUGUCACUCACACCAAACAACACGUGUCUAAUGUGAUAGUGAUGAAACCACAAACACCACAAACUUCCAAUUUAUAUUUUUGUAUUAUUUUGUACCAAUUUGUAGUCUUGGUUUAUGUGAUGCUGAAUGAUGGAAGGAGUUCUUUUUAUCAUAAUGUGCCACAGAAAAUAAACACACAAGUGAACUGAG